UCUAACAUGACAAGUUUCUUUUCUUUCAUUUUCGGACAUCAAAAAAUUAAAAUUCGUAAAACGGACAAAUUCUCUAUCAAACAUUUUAAUUUAAAUUCGUGUGUAUGAUGUCGUGAGCCUUAACCUCGAUUACUUUAUCGAAAUCUUCACGAGAUUUCGAUAAAUCUCUGAGUUAUAAUAAUAAUAAAUAUCAUAAAAUGUAAUGUUUGAUGUAAAAUUCAAAUUAUCCCACCCGGCUAAUUAGUAAUUACUUCAUACUUGACAUCCUCUCCAUGACAACAUCGUUGUGUUUAAUUUCGCGUAACAAUUUUCUAAAGCACAAUAUGUAAUACAGUAUUAUGUAUCUCAACGGAUAUUAAAUCUAUAUCUAAUCUAUUUUCCUACUACUUAAUUUCCGAAGUGGCUGGUAAUGUGUUUUUUGGAGUAAGCGUGUGUUAUUCAGGGCCGGGCCAUUAUUUGGUCAGAGCCUGGAGUGUGAGGUAAUCGACGCAAUGUACGACCCGUGGGAUGUGAAAUCGGUGAGGCAAUCAAACCAAUACAUGUCUUGUAUGAAGAUAAAUGGGGUGCCACUUCUACCGCCUGUCUUGUCUAAAGAAUGCCGUAAAGAGAUGCAAUAUUAUAAACUAUUAGCAAAAGAAGUCGAAAAACGAAUACAAACCCUAAGACCAUUGAUAACCGAGAGUGAUACUGAAUCCAGCGAUGAUAAAACUGAUGCUCCUGACCUUCCUGACUCUGAACACAGUUAUGAACUAUCCCAAGAUGAUGUUCAAAGCAGUUCCAAUGCUAAUAACGAUAAAGUAAAAGCAGUAACUACUGAAAAGUGCCUGGAUGAUUGUGAAAUUAGCAGAGUUCAAGCAAGUAACACUUUUGAUAACAUCACUUCAAACUUUGAUACAGACAGUACAUGCUCUAAAUUAUCGUCCAAGUUUGUGAUAGAUCUUAGUUUGAGUGUCAAUGAAACUGGUAAAAAUUUACUUGACAGUCAAAACUCUCCCGCUGAUGAUUUGCCUGAACGCGAUUGUGAUUGCCCUCAGAAAGAAACUAAGGUGUUAACUAAUUCUGAUAGUAAUAAUGGUUUUGAUAGCACUAUCAAAGAUGAAAAAUUAAGCUUCAGUGUCAGCAUCAAUAAAAAUAUUUUAAAAGAUCCAUCUGAUGCACAUUUCAACCACAAUGGCCCAUCAUCCCUGAGUUCUAAAAGCUUUACCGGUUCCCUUGACGAUAUUCACAUGGAAAGCAUAAAAACAUCUCAGGCUGCACCUUUAGUAAGACAAAGAUCUUAUACAGUUCUGAUACCGAGCCCCAUGCUCCUUGCUCAUUUGGAGGUUCAGUCAAUUAACACAGGAGUAGAAGUAACAUCCAUUUCCAUGAGUGAAUCUCUAUCCAACAUUAGCAAUACAAAUAAAAAACGAAGAAGUUGGGACCUGGAAUCCGCUAAACAGAAAUGGUCAUCUAUGGCUUUAGAAUUAAAGAAAAAAAAUAUAAUAAGCAAUUCAAAAAGCGCUUAUAGUACUGCUAAAAAUGUGUCUGUAAAGCCUGUUAGAAAAGUGCAAUCUACACAGCCUAAAGCUAGAUCACUGGCACAAGAAAGACUGAAGCGUAGUCCACCCAAAAGUAUGAAUAGAUCAGAACCUAUACAGAAGCCAAAGAAAGCUGUGAGUCCCAUUCGAAAUUCCCAUCCUGCUCAAAACACUGUCAAAACUCCUGCUACACAAACGGCAAAUCACAAAAAAGAAAUGGAAAAUAAAAAACAAAAGCCAAUCUCAGAAUCUGAAGACCCAGCUACCCGCGUCAGGGAGCUCUAUGAGAAAAUCCAGAAACAGCAACUAAUUCAAAUGGCGAAUCUAGUAGAAAAACAGAAGAAAGAACAAAUGUUGCUGCAGCAGGUUUUUGAGGAGCAGAACAAUUUGCUUUUCACCCAACUGAAAACAAUCUGUCCCAAAUCACCAAAUGAAGUAAAAGAAGCAUGGCCUGAUAAAAACAGUGAAAUUCCUGAUCGAGGACCCGUGAGUUUGAGCCAAGUGAUAAACCAUAAGCCACAACAAAAUACCUGUGAUAGUCCAGUCCUUUCAACCUUAAAUGAAACAAAUAAUUACCUUAAUUAUUGCGAUAACAUCCUCAAAAAAUCCAGAGACAUCACUGGAAGCAUAAAGAAGCAAACCACUAAAAACACCAAUGAUCAUGAAAAAAUUCAUAGUUCAAAUCAGCCACCCGAAGGUAGUAGAACAAGAACUCACUCUCCUGUACGAAAGAAUACGCCAACUUCGAGAAAACUUACGUAUGAGACGAGCGCUUCUUCCGAUCGAGAAUACGAUCCAAUCUUGACCGAUCGAACGAACGACACGAUGGCCGAUUUGAAUGUUACCUUUCCUUCUGAUCAUAGCGAGGAAUGCCAACCUUUCAUGCACAAUUCCGGUCAUAGCUCGGGCCAUAAUACCAUCCGCGGUUCGAUCAUGGAGAGUCCUCUGACCGCGCCGGUGAUGGCAGCGUCGUGCAGGUCGACAGAUAGAGCCAUCAGAAGUAUGGAGGAGACCAUACAGAAUUCCAUCAAUAGCAUGUGCUGUAGAACCAACAAGAAAUUCGUUACGCGACCGCCUACAGCUCAAGAGCGUGCUGCAGCAACCAAAAUCGUGGCAUAUGCAAAGGGUUACCUCGUGCGUCGUCUGAUGAAGACGGAACGCGUCCAAGCAACGGUUCAGACCAUCAAGGACGCUUUACUAUGCGCCCUGCAGUUGCAUCAGGAUCGCGAGGGGAUCCGUGGAGCUGAUGUCGAUCUACAUAGGCGAUUGAUACAGCAGAUCACAGCGGCAUGCUAUUCGCUACACGACACAUUCGUGGCCAGCUCCGCGGAGGAGAGGUGCGCGCUGAUCGCCGCGGACCGCAGCCGCCGCCGCCUGCUGGCCGCGCGGUUGUCGCCCGCACCGCUCACGCCGAGCAGGCCUUACCGACCCGCGGACGUAAUGUCGCACAGCCACUCGGGCGCGUUCCCGGCGCGCGCCAAGCGACUCGCUCCCUCGCUCAUGACUCAGUCCAACUAUGAGACAUUUAGCGGCGACAAGAGCGUGCGUCGCUACAUGCCCAGCCCGCGGCGUCGCCCGUGGCGCUGACCUCCACCCGGUGCCUCGUAUCGCAGCUAGCAACUGCUGGAAAUCGCAUUAGGGCCUAAACUAGGGUCAUUUAGUUUACCAAAUAUUUAUUAUGCUUUUUUGCCUUUUUGUUAUUUUCGGUAAGAUAUUUCAUAUUAACCUGUGCUAAUACCAUAGUUAUUUAUAUUAUUUUACGAAUACAAAUUGAAAUUAUGUAAGGGUGAUUUAAAUUAGCGGGAAUGUACAAUACACUCGCACAUAUAGCUUUCAAGGCUUAUAGGUUUCUGCGCAGGUACAUCGACUAACUUAUAGAAGUGGGUAGUACUGAAAUUAUUGUCGAACCCGUAUCGCGAGUGCUUUGCGUAACUACCCACAAAAAGCUUUAAUGAAAACGAACAAUUUUUAUUUUAUAGCAAAAUGAGUCUGAGAUUUCUUGUAUAUUUUAAUCGUGUACAAUGUUGUUAACACUAAUAUUUAGCGUUUAAUUUCAUAAUAAAAUAACAUCUUUUAGAAAGUUUAUAGAGUUUGUAUAAUUCUUUUUAGGAUACUGAAUUAUUUUGUGAAGUCGAAAUCUAACAUUCCAUUGAAUUAUAUUUUAGUUAGGGUCGAUCACAUUGACGUAGAUUAGAUUCGAACCUAAUCGAAAAUUACGUCAAUCUAAAAUUUUAGAUACGAGUAGCAUAAUCUAACCUUUAUUUCUAUAACGUAAUGCACUUCUACAGAGAAUGAACGACGAAAAGGCGCACGUAUUAGACAGAAUUAGAUUGCCGCUUCGCCUCUGUCAAUGUGAAUCGACCCUUAGUUUAAAACUUAAUGCAAACAACAUUUAAUUUUAUACUGUCAGUACAAGGUUCAUAAUACAAUAACAUUUUAUAGCAAUAAGUUUGUAAUAAAUUAAGGUUGUAUAUUCAUGGCUUCCGAAGCUCUGGUGCCUAAUAAUUAUAAUAUGGUUGUUUAUUUUACUAUUUAUACCUGAUUUUGUAUGUACAGACUGAUUUUCUUCAUUUUUUUUACAUGAUGACUUACGUAAUAGCAGAUUGUAUGGCCAACCGAUUUGGAAAUCGGUUCAGUAAAAAUCUGAUAGGGAGAGUAGAUAUCUGUAGGUAAGUCUUUGUAAAAUCGGUUGUAUUUUCGUUAUAAACUUGCUACGAGUUAAAAAAUUUAUAAUAUACACCCUUGGUCACAAUAUUUCUAGUCAUAUGCUACAUUCUGUUAAAUGUAUGCAUAUCUAAAUAUUAUGAAUAAUAUUAUGUAUUUUUAGGUUUCAAACUUAUCCAACUUGAAUAUUGGCAUGUUUUUGUAUAGAAUCUCUGUGCUGUAUUUGUACCUAAUAUUUCCAAAGAGAACUAACUAUGAAGAUUCGGGAAUCUUAAACUAUGUAAUUUUUUAUAAGAACAUUUUUUUUAUAGAAAUAAAACAAAAUUAUGCUCGAA